GCUACCCUACAUGAUGAAGACCUGUGCCUGUCGUCAGUUGAAAAGUCAUAUAUUUGGGAAGCCCAGUCUGUGUGAUUCCAUUCUACCAAGUGUUGAUUUGUCUCCAACGUCUGUCUAUUUUUGGACACUAUCUAGUGCCUUCAGGUAUCCAUUUUUUCAGCUAUACUAAUCUUUUAAAACAAACAAAAAAAUGGAUUUCUUAAACUCAUCUGAUCAAAACUUGACCUCAGAAGAACUGUUAAACAGAAUGCCAUCCAAAAUUCUGGUGUCCCUCACUCUCUCCGGGCUGGCACUGAUGACAACGACCAUCAACUCCCUUGUGAUUGCUGCAAUUAUUGUGACCCGGAAGUUGCACCACCCAGCCAACUAUUUAAUUUGCUCUCUUGCAGUCACAGAUUUUCUUGUAGCUGUCCUGGUGAUGCCUUUCAGCAUCGUGUAUAUUGUGAGAGAGAGCUGGAUUAUGGGGCAAGUGGUCUGUGACAUCUGGCUGAGCGUUGACAUCACGUGCUGCACGUGUUCCAUCUUACAUCUCUCUGCUAUAGCUUUGGAUCGGUAUCGGGCAAUCACAGAUGCUGUGGAGUACUCCAGGAAAAGGACUCCCAAGCAUGCUGGCAUUAUGAUUACAGUUGUUUGGAUUAUAUCCAUUUUUAUCUCUAUGCCUCCUUUAUUCUGGAGACACCAAGGAACUAGCCGAGAUGAUGAGUGCAUCAUCAAACACGACCACAUUGUUUCCACAAUUUAUUCAACAUUUGGAGCUUUCUACAUCCCAUUAACAUUGAUUUUGAUCCUCUACUACAAAAUAUAUAAAGCAGCAAAAACGUUAUACCACAAGAGACAAGCAAGUAGGAUUGCCAAGGAGGAGGUGAAUGGCCAAGUCCUUUUGGGGAGUGGUGAGAAAAGCACUAGACUAGUCUCCACUCCCUACACAGAAAAAUCUUUAUCUGAUCCAUCAACAGACUUUGAUAAAAUUCAUAACACGGUGAAAAGCCCCAGGUCUGAAUUCAAGCACGAGAAAUCUUGGAGAAGGCAAAAGAUCUCAGGCACGAGAGAACGCAAAGCAGCCACUACCCUAGGAUUAAUCUUGGGUGCAUUUGUAAUAUGUUGGCUGCCUUUCUUUGUUAAAGAAUUGGUUGUUAAUGUCUGUGAAAAGUGUAAAAUUUCUGAAGAAAUGUCAAAUUUUUUGACAUGGCUUGGAUAUCUCAAUUCCCUUAUAAAUCCACUGAUUUAUACAAUCUUUAAUGAAGACUUCAAGAAAGCAUUCCAAAAGCUAGUACGAUGCCGAUGUUAAAGAAAGUUUAUCAUUAAAAGGCUGGGGAUUUCUUGAGGGGAGGUAAUGAAAUGGAUGCUGAAUAAUAAAGCAUUUAAACUUUUAGAAGGAAAUAAAUUAAAACUGCUAAAAUUAUAAGAACAUAAUUUAUAUUUAACAGCAACAAGACUAUAAACUUAUUGAGUAAAAGAUGUUUCUUUGACCAUCAUUCUAGAGUACUCAAAUGAAAAGAUAA